AAAGAAUUCCUCGAAUAAUGUUAAUUCUGCAAUGCUUUUGUUUGAGUGCAAAAAGAGAAUAUUUAAAGAACCAUCAUGCAUAUUUCUGAGUACAGAAUCAUUAUCUGUGCAGAUCCUGAAACUAAGGAGCUUAUCAAGCAAACCCUUUCAGUUGGCCAUGUGUCUUAUGAAGUUCUUCUGCCUGCGGUUCCGGUUUUAGAAACGUGGGAACCUGCUGUAUUGGCAGUAACGAGGAAAGGUUACAGCAUUAAGUGCAACGGACAGUGUGGUGUUGUUGUUACAGAAACUUUCCAGCAAUACAUGGCUAUCAGUAUCCCAUGUGGGCGUCCUACUGAAUUUUUACUUCAGUCUGCUGAUGGUGAUGAGUGUAGUCUCAAGCCUGCAGAAAAUUCCCAGUGAGUUUGAAACUAUGUACUACUCCCUCCGUCCCACAAUAUACGAUAGUUUUUUAAGCUAUGUUAGCUUGAAAAACGUUCUUAUAUUAUAGGAUGGAGGGAGUAUUUCAUUACAUAAUCUGAAUUCGAUGGUCUGUCGAAGGCUCGACAAAUAACACUUUUCAGUUUAAUAUCAUCAUUGUUUGUGUCUCUGCGGUAUUUAUAUUUUAGAACGUAAGAAUCGUAUGGAGACAUCGGUACUAAAGGCCUGAUUGGAUUGUUGUUUUCCAU